AUGCUGGCGUUCGGGCGCGAACUGUAUGCCAUGAGUCAGCGCUUGCAGCACGACGUCUACCACAAGGCCAUGCUGGAGGACGCGUUUAGCCUGCUGGCGUACAGCAACCCGUGGGACAGUCCCGUGGGCUGGCAGUUGGAGCCGGUGCGACGAGAAGCCGUUUGCGAGGCGCUCAACUCUGCCAUAUUGGAAUCCCAAGGCAUGCAGUGGAUCUCACCCGUAGAGGCGUGCGUGUCGCACUCGCGUGACUUGUUGCGGCGCAUGGCGCGCGCCGCCCUCGGCGCGUGCGCUUUCGCGGACCUGCCGGCGCUGCUGCGCCGCUGA